AUGAAGCCAUGCAGAGAAGUGGCACACAUGACCACUACCUCAACCAGUGCUUACAGCGAGCAUACCGACACUCUGGUUCAUCCCACCGCCCAGAAUAAUCACAGGACACCAAGAUGGGCUCCUCGAUCGACUUCGCAGACGUCAAACAGCCGACGAAAGUCCAAUGCGGCCCCUGGAAUUCGCCAAAACCGUAUCAACAGACUAUACCUACAACCAUAUCGUCCCCUCCUGAUUACAGCUCAGCCUGAAGUUCAAGCGUGCUCGUAUGGAAUUUGGGCGGACUUUCAGGGACCGGAUAUGGUGCCUGGCGGUGUGCUGACUUGGGAGGAGUACAAUGCUAUUAUGGUCCGGAAUACUAGGCAUGGGCUAAUGUUUCUGCUUCAGGAAUAUCCACGGCUCCGCUUGAUGAAGGGACUGAAGGAUAAUAUGCUGCAUCUCUGCAAGACCAAGCCCGGUACGACGUAUGAUAAUACUGUUGGGGAGUGGGGCGAUAGGUAUCUCAGUGAGGAUGAGUACAAUCGCAAGCCGAACCUGACACAGAAUUUGCUCGAGACUUUGUAUCGGGUUCAUCAAGUCACAGACAUGGAGGUAAACAGCAUUGCGAUGAGCAUACUCGACCACUUCAUAGCUAUAGGCAUCUCACCAUCCCGGUGAAAGCCAUUGUUGCAAUACACCGCGGAAGACAACGACAUUGCCGUCUAUCCGGGAUACGAAUCAAUUUCUUCGGGCCAGAAAAUGUCUUGCCAUUCUACCCACUGUCCGCCCGUGUCCAUGAAGUCGAGAUCGAUUUCUGGAUGGUUGAGAAAAUCUUGUAAUGGAGGAUUUGGCAAUAGCGGUUGUGGCGGAGGUAUAGUAUCAAACAUCGCGGGUGCCGGAGGAACGUCCAUGCCAUCAUCGAGGUGUUCUUGAAGCGUCGUUUUCAAAGCGUCCAUGUGCAUAGAGAACUCCUUGGCCCCGAAGUUGCCAUUCCGCUCAAGUUGCUGCAAGAAGGAACAGCCCAGCAAGAAGUCUUCCCGAUCAUUUGUCCAACCAGGACUUUGGAGGAGGGCAGAUAAGGCCAGGAUGGUAGCUG